AUGUUACCCUCGACAGAUGACAUAGCAAAGUUCAUUUCCAUCGCUCCAGAGGCUAAUGAAGGGACAGCCCUUAGGUUUUUAGAGGGAGCGGAAAACAUCGAGGAUGCUAUCAGUCGGUAUUAUGAAGUCCAAAAUGAGGCUACGGCCCCAAGUUUGCCCAAUCCACCGACGCUUACUAUGGAUGCGACGGAUGCCGGGGCUGAUAUGCGCCCUCCACCGUAUGCACGUUCAGCAAUAAGCGGGCUUGCACACCAUCACACCAACAUAUUCACUGGAGCUGCCAGCAUUCGCUCUAAGGACGAACAAGAUAUGAAGGCUGCCCUACACAACAUUCAGCAGGCGUGUGUCAUCUUCAAUAGUGAUAUUGAGCCAGAGCACACUACGCAGUUUCUUAAUUGUCACUGCGAUGUCCACGAGUACAAAGAUAGAAAGGUAGCCCGGCUUCCUGUUCAAGAAAUGUGGUCUAAAGCAGUCAUCUAUCCAGGCGAAUCAGCGUAUCAUGAUAGCCAUUCAUCCGCUCUCAUCAUGAAAAAUCCAUACAGCCGUGUGCCCUCGCCAUUUCCGCUUACAACUCCCGGGACUUACAAUUCAGCGAAGCCUACUCCGUCCGGUUACAACCAGUAUCUCCAAAAGACCAUUCAACUGAAUGCAUCCCUCAAUGCUGCGGCACAGACUGCUAUUGAUGCAAAAGAGCCAACUAUCAUAUGGGAUGCCGGAGACCUAGAUACCUCUGUACCAAAUGGGGCUAAUACCACAACUUCUUCUGAUACCCAGCAACCAGCUGUUCAAAGGCUCACUCUUCAAAAUAAUCCCUCAGCUCCCCUCGCGGAAAGCUCCAAGUCAUCGGCAUUUGGUAGCUUGAAAAGGAUGUUAUCGAAGAAGACGUCAGAGGAGAAGGCAGAGAAGGCAGCUGUUCACACCAAGGGGCUACGCGUGUCCAUCCUAGAGGAGGAGCAAGGCAGGUGGCCAAAUCAAGAAUGGCGGCAGCUCGUGGCAGCCUACCAAGAAGCAGUUGGAAUAAGUCAGAAGAUCGCGGAUCUUCGAGCCCGGUGCCCCAUUCAGUAUCUCCACCUCCUCCGAGCAGGGUACUUUGAGCCUAUCCCAGUGGCUUGGGCAAAGUCCACGUCUAAUCCUCUCAAAUUGAGCAUUGAUGCAUUUGGUGGGUGGAGAGGAGUCACCCCUAGUUGGAGAGGAUACAAAGAUCUCGCCGAGGAACGCCUAUACUGGGUCAUGAAUAACACCGAGGGCAUUGUUAGAAAUAAGACGAAACCCGAUGUCAUUUCUGCGAUGAGCAUGGCUCGAUCUAGAUUGGAAUCUGCGGUUGGAAUACCUGCGGAAUACUUCUCACGCGACGAUAUCUGCAAUGCUCAAUCCACUGAAGCUUACUCGAAGCAGGUCAUGUCUCCUUUCAGGCCUGGUGGGGACCCGGCAGUUCCUUCAGACGAAACCAUGGUUCUCCUAGAGGCCUCAAAGUCUAUGAAUUCCGCGCCAUUUCGCCCGAAUUAUAAUGAGCACCUCAUUACAGGUUAUUCCGCAUCUGACCAGCCAAAGAGCAAAGAUAUCGCCAAGGCCAUCAUACGUCGCUUUUCCCAAGCAAUGAUCAAUCACGACCACAACACACGAGGAUAUCAGUUCGUCACAUUCGCAGAUCAGGGCCGCUACAUAGGUCUCAUCAACCAGAAUUUCGAACAAAUAUGGUCCAACGUUAGAUUCGGGGGAGAAACUCGACUGAUGUUAGGUUGGCAAAGAGCCAAGGAGCUCCACUUCCAAAAGCACUCUGGAACAGCAAUCUAUCACCCUAUGUACGGGUGGCAAGCUGGUCCACAAACACCCAUACUGAGACUGCUUAUCGUACUCGACGGCGAAGCAGCAGACAUGAACGAAUUCCAGCUCGAUCUGCUUGGCCUAUCUUGGGUUUAUGUCACGAUCUUCCUGAUGGGUGCAGAUAGAUGUCCACGCCAUCAUCGUCUUGCAAACGAGUUACAGAGAAUUAGCAAUACUAAUCCCCAUGUCUCUUUCCUCGAUGCGCAGGGGAAUAUGCCGGAACGCUAUAUCACUCACGAACUGCUGAAGCGACAUCUCGGAUACAAUGUUUCAUUCUCUGAUUUUGAGACGUUGGAGCAAGCAACGGUGGAUCUACCAUCAUAUGUAGAGUGA